AUAAGUAGUUUGUUUUCGCCAAAAAAAUUCAGGUCUCGUCUGGUCCACGGUACUUAUUUGCCCAGCUGCUGUUGUUGGUAGGUCCAAACAAAGACGCAGCUAGUUUAUAACCCAGUUUUGGUUUUGGGCCUUGUGAUAAAAUGAAAGCAGCUUCAACGGUCCUCUUGUGAGUUAAAGUUGAAGGAGUGAAAUUUGGAAGAGACGGAAAUUGAUUGGUUGUGUAAAUUGGAAAGUGCACGAAAUCGCGAGCGCAUAACGGUACAUGUAUACACACACAAGCAGCACACGCACACACAUGGAGACAGCACUUUAUGUUUGAUGUCCCAUUUGGCGGAUUAAAGACAAAGAAGUAAGAGAAACGGGGGAGGAGGACGUCGACCCGGAGCGAUGACCACGAGGGAAAAUGUUGUUACUAGUCGCCUGUCCAAGCUGAUGCUCGGUAGCGGGAGUGGAAAUGGCAGCGGAAGUGGCCCCAACCACCAGGUGCCUCCAUCCUCCACUCAUGUACAAUCGCCCACCUCGCCCGGGGAGCAGUCUCAAUCCCAGUCCGAGCUGAACCAACUAAAGCGCGACGCUGACCCGCAAUUCUCGCGCUUCGCCGAUUACUUUGUGAUAUGCGGACUGGAUCUGGACACAGGACUGGAGCCGGAUCGAUUUGCGGGGGACAACCUUCAUUGCUCGCCCUUGGACCGCGCCUACAAGAGCAAGCCACUAGCCCACUAUCCCGAGAAUGUGCCCUGGAACCCCUUUGAUGCCCACGGCAUUUGCAUGCUCUCCCUGCCGCAGGGCCUGCGCUUCCGCACCCAGAAGCAUAGCAUUGAGCCCAGAUUCCACUCGUUUGCCACCACACGGGAGGAUGGAAAGCGGUGUUAUGGGUUCAGCCUGGUGUUCUACGAGGAGAUCCGUAACCGUAAUAUUUGCGGUGCCAUCCACACGCUGCAAAGCAUGUUUAUCACGGAGCUGUCCAACGGUCAGCAGACUCACUCGCUCAGCCGGGUGAAACAGGAUGGUCCUGUCAGUCGCUCAUUGCCCAGGCACUUCAAGGUGGCCGGACAGGCGCCGCAAUCUGCACAAAGCUACUACGACAUUAACAAGGACAAGCUGUACGUUGCCAAAAGCAUCACGCUAAUAUGCCAGGCUCCCUACGCCUUUGCCGCCCAGAUGUUUCUCAAGAAUCUGUACAGAUGUCUUCCACGGCAGCCCGGUGCUGGUAUAAGCUUAGAGUCAUACGUAUACAACAUACUCUACGAGGUUAUGCUGCCCCAACCGGGAAAGUCCAUCCGCGUCUACAUGCCGCCCACAGAGCCGCAUCUACCCGCAAUCGCCCUGAUCCUUCAACGUCCGCUCCUAGCUACCGAGUUACCCCUUCUCGACUUCCCGUUGCGUCUGCUGUUUAAGUACCUUGGAGUGGAGUGUGUAAUACAGCUGUUGACAUGCGUUCUUCUAGAGAAUCAGGUCCUUUUGCGGUCCACAGACUACCAAAGAUUAAUGAUAGUUGGUGAGUGCAUUACCUCGUUGCUGUUCCCGUUCGUGUGGCCGCACGUGUAUGCUCCAAUUCUACCAGCCGCCCUGCACCACUUCCUGGAUGCGCCGGUGCCCUUUGUGAUGGGUCUACACGCCGAGUGUGAAGCUGCUCACAAAAUAGGCAGUGAAGCAACACUCUGCUUCGUGGACAUCGACAAAAAGCACAUCCAGCUGCCCGAAGAGCUUCCAGUAUUUCCACACAAGGUAGAUUUUAUGGCCGAGAUCGGUUCGGUGCUGGACAAGUUCGAGAUAGAGCGGGACCGAGAACAGGAGUCUAGUUUUAGAAACGGUUAUGUAGGCAGGGGAGCCGGAGGAGGUAUUGGCGGAUCCAACAGUAGCGGAACAGGCGCUGUCGAUGCUAUGAUUUCCAGCUGCACGUUGCCCACUGGAUUGCAGGCAGUGCGGCGUAGCAAGGAGCGCUUUCAGCAGCUUCAAGAGACUGUAUAUACGUUGUCCGGAUCUCCGGGCGGUGGCGUCGUAGACUACCAACCGCUAAUAGCGCAUCCAUCGAGAAUCGAUCACGUGCCACGCAUCGCUGACUUUCUGCGUAGGAAAGGAGGUAUUCGGGGAGCUGGCUCUCCGGUGGGCAGUCCCACCGUCUCUCUCUCAUCCUCGCCGGUUGGUAUCUAUCAUGACGUGGAUGCAGUGGAUGCCACUAUGCCGACCAGUGCCCGCCGCACGGAAAAACAGAAACUAAGCCCGGUUGACCAGUACUACCAGGACCUGCGUAUAAACAACUCAGUGCGGGAGAUCUUCCUCAAUCGUUUCGUGCAUAUGUUCCAUGCCUACGAGUAUUUUGUGAUCUACCCAAACCAGGCACGCGAUGAGUGGAUCUCAAACCGCGAAACACUGCAGAACUUCGACAAAUCCUCGUUCCUGUCCGACCAGCCGGAGCACCACCGCGCUUUUCUCUCGCGCUUCCUAGAAUCUCAAAUGUUUGCCACCCUGAUCGACAAUAAGAUCCUGGCCAUGUGGGAGUCGCAGCCCGACGAGCAGCUCCAGCUGUUCGACCAGCGUGUGAAACUACUUAGGCGACGACACGGGGAGAACAUGAUCGCUGCCACUAGCUACGAGCCCUGCGUACUCAGCCAGGACUCGCAGCAGGGCUUUGAGAAGCGGCUAAACUGCAUCGACAUCGAGGUGACGCCGCCCAGUGAAAUUCUGGCAAAUCGGGCGGCCUAUUUCCGCAGCUUUCCACUGCUCGAGAAGGGCGUGCUCAACCAGGAAUGCGCCUCGAGAGGCAACAGCCUGCGACGGGUUAAGAACGGCAACAAGUGGCGGGCCAGGGAGAUCUCGCUGGACCAGAAGCCCAGUUCCAAUGCCAUCAAUCGACUAUCGGCGAACCUGACCACUGCGGAUGUGAGUCCGGCCCUGAUAGCACAGGCCAACUGGACGUUUGUGGAGCGAUUGCUGAAGGACAUAAAAUCUAAGACCAAGCGCAUGCUGCUCGAAAAAAUGGGUAAUGAAGCAGUGGCUCUAGGCCUUAAGGGUGACGGCAUCGAAGAAAAUACUUUGAUAGCCAGCAUGUGCGAUCUGCUGGAAAAGAUCUGGUCGCACGGCUUGCAGAACAAGCAGGGAAAGUCUGCCUUGUGGGCCCACCUACAGGCCUAUCUCGAAAUGCAGGAGUCUCGGGGAGCAGGCGACAGUUCUGGAGCGGAGCAGGCCCAACCGGUAAACAACAGUCCGGGUAAUAAGAUGACCAUUGCCACAGCCUCGCCUGCGCUGGCUUGGAACGCAAUGAGGAAACGCAUGGACUAUCUCUCCACAUUCCAAACUGAUUUCGACAGUCCGCCCAGUCCAAAUCGCAGUCGAUCGAGAGAUCGCAACAAAUUUGUAGGACUGGAGCAGCUGUGCCCACUGCCAGAGUCUCUAGAGUUCGAUGUGAAAAACGUACUGGCCAUGGCGGAUAUCAAGACACAUAUUGGCUAUACCCGCGCGUGGGUGCGACUGUCACUAGAAAAGAAGCUCCUUUCCAGGCAUUUUCGUACUCUGCUCUCCGACGAAGCUCUGCUGCGGUCACUGUACAAGCGAUCGGCCUUCCUACGCUGCGAGGAGGAGAAGGAACAGUUUCUCUACCACCUGCUAACUUUAAACACGGUGGACUACUUCAGCUUCACGAACAUUUACCCUACGACGAAGCUGCCCUACCGCGUCGUGAUCUUCCCUUCCCGCAAGUACGGCUCCUACCACACCUCCAGCAACGUCUGGAUCAUGGUCUCGGGCACUAUGAACGAGACGCAACGGGUGCCUGUACCAAAGGGAUCCUUGGAGUUCAUCUUUCAUUACAAAAACCUUGGUCUACUGACAACCAUGCGCAUUGGGCACGAUAACUCUGGACCCAGCCACAAGUGGCUGGUGGAGCAGGUGGUGAUGCGUAAUGAGGUCACCGGCCACACCUACAAAUUCCCUUGUGGCCGCUGGCUGGGCCGAGGCGUAGAUGAUGAUUCAACAGAGCGCCUUCUUGUUGGCCAACGGGUUCUAACAAGCGUGAAGAACGCAGAGGUCGUCCCAGGAUCGGAUACCCGCACACCGCCCCGGACGCGGAGCCCUAGCGUACAGCGUCAGGAGUCACUGUCACCUUCCGAAAUUCAGCACCAGCUGGGAAACUGCGUCAACGUCCUGGUCAAAUGGCAUUACAAACCCAGCCGCGAUCGUGAUGUGGGAACGCUGACCAACCUGCUAUGCGGAGAUGAUGGACUGGUUAAAUGUCUGGAACAGGUUUUUCUUUGCGGCUUUCGGUCGGCGCGCUUCUUUGGAAGGAAUCUGUACAUCUGGGACUAUUUCACCAAAAUCAAGGAACUAUUUGAGCAAAAUCUACAGCUGGAAUUAGAGGAUUCGGCCUCCAGCCUGGACUCGUCUCUUAGCAAUGGAAGCGGAGGUAGCAGCCUACAUCGCAGAGAGAUUUCAAGCAUCUGGCGUUUGUACGUGCAGCUAAUGGACGAGAUCAACGGAACGGCGCUCGGCAAGGACGGAAAGUUUCAGCUGCUAAUUUGUCUAAGCCUGCGAGAGCACCUUUUAACGCGGCUCAUAAAGCCAAUGGCCUUGACCAAGGUAACCCACGAGAUGUACGAGGAGGAGAGCUUUCUGCGGCGUCGAAACCUUCUUACCUUCCUUAUUCAAAUCCUGGAACCGCUGGACGACUGCCACAUCGUGCUAGAGAACUCAAUCACACAGGGCAUUCGCAUCCCGUCCCAAUGCUGAGGGGCGGAUGCUACACUACAAUACCCACUGCAAUACUCAUAUAACACACCACCCACGGACAUCUGCAACCAGUGACCUAGAGAAUACUCACAUACAUAUGCUCUUGAGGAAUCUCGGAACUCUCGAAAUCGUUGUUAGCUUUUAAUAUGAAGCAGAGGAACACUUUCCAUUUAUUACACCUAAUUCUAAUUGUAACCCCAAGCCUAGCCACUUGCCAUUUGACCCGACAGCUUGCCUAGAAACCAAGUCAAACGCUGAACGUUUUAGGGGGAUGGAUGCCAGUCCCGGGAACAUUGAAGCCAAAGUUGAACAAAAUUCCUUGUCAUCGACGCAAUCGAAUUUUAAAGACAUUUACUGUGCAAUUAAGACGUUUACUAUAAAGAAUUCUAAAAUGUUGUUCAAAAAUCUACAUAUAUAUGAAACGUAUGCGUGUGUGUAGCUCGUAAUUAAGGUCCCAAUCAGAAUCGAAUCCAGUCAAUUCUCCUGUGUUUCACUUCCAGAGGUAGCUUUUGAUUUAGUUUAUUUACCAAAGAAUCUUUGUUGUUUUACAUAUUGCGAUAAUUUUGAAUAUUACUCAUUUUUGGUAUUUUAAGAUUGAGUGAAAUGAGAUUUACCCAAAGGUGUUUAUGUUAAAUUCAAGCUUUAUUUUUACAUUACAUCUUUUAGCCAAGCAUAUUUGCAGAUAAUACUUUAAGACACUGAAAGUCAAUAAAUACGCAAAAGACAAUGA